AGGCUCCCUGCGGCUGGAAUCCGCGUCUUUACUCCUUCAAGCAUCCAACUCUUUAUGAAGACCAUCCGCUGAGAGGGGGGGAAACCUGGGAGAUUCAAGGAUUUUGAUCAACUGCAGAGUCCGCCGGCAUGGAAUGGAGCUUGACACGCAGAAGUCCUCUCUGCGCAAGCGCGCCAGCCCGUCUCCUCCCUCUACCUGAGAGGAGCGCACCUGGAUCCAACGAGACGGAAGUUUAGCCAAGGCAGAGAAGGCAAAGAAGGCAGAUCAAAUCUUUUUGUCUGCGAAAAGUUUCUUCGGAGUUCAAGCGAGCAUACAGAGAAUCUCCAGUCGAAGCAGGAUGCCAUUCGUUGGAUCUUACAAGAACAAUUUAGAGUGCUUUUUUAACCUAAAUCUGUCGUUCAGCGACUCAUGCUGAAUCCCAGUCUAAAGUCAACCUGCUCUCCAUUCAAGAAGAAUGGCAUCUCUCCGCAGAGUGCUCCGAAGGCGACUGCACCCACUUAAGUUGGCGAUAGUGGCCCUUGUCUUUGUCACAUUUGUGUUCUUCAUACAAUGGGAAGUGGGAAGCCAAAGCCAGCAGGAGGACCCGUGGCUGAAGGAGAUGGCAGUGAAGCGGGACACCAUGCUGGGCAUGGUGAUGGGAGCUGUCAAUAACUUCAGGGAUGCGAUGCCAAAGAUGCAGAUCAAAGCCCCUGUACGUAAGCAGGACAGUGCAGACGGCGUGUCCUGUCUGCCAGGCCACUACACUGCUGCUGAGCUCAGGCCAGCUCUGGAGCGGCCACCUCAGAACCCCCUGGCUCCUGGAGCAGCUGGAAAACCUUUCCACACGGACUCACUGAGCCCCGAAGAGCAGAAGGAGAAGGAGAGGGGUGAAGAGAAACACUGCUUUAACCUGUAUGCCAGUGAUCGUGUCUCCUUGAGCAGAGACCUGGGCGCAGACACAAGACCGCCAGAAUGUAUUGAGAAAACCUUCAAGCGAUGUCCCCCUUUGCCGACCACCAGCGUGAUAAUUGUGUUUCACAAUGAGGCUUGGAGCACUCUGCUGAGGACAGUAUACAGUGUCCUCCACACCUCCCCUGCUAUUCUCCUCAAGGAGAUCAUCCUGGUGGACGAUGCCAGCGUGGAUGAUGUGUUGAAGGACGAGCUGGAUGAGUAUUUGAAGCAGCUGAACAUUGUCCGUGUUGUCCGCCAGCGUGAAAGGAAAGGGCUCAUCACCGCUCGGCUGCUGGGGGCCUCCGUUGCCACCGGUGACACGCUCACCUUUCUGGACGCCCACUGCGAAUGCUUCAAUGGAUGGCUGGAGCCGCUGCUUGCCAGGAUAGCAGAGAACUACACUGCAGUAGUGAGUCCUGAUAUAACCACGAUUGAUCUCAAUACUUUUGAGUUCAUGAAACCAUCCCCAUAUGGCCAGAACCACAACCGGGGAAACUUUGACUGGAGCCUUUCCUUUGGCUGGGAGAGUCUACCAGAUCAUGAGAAACAAAGGAGGAAGGAUGAAACAUACCCUAUCAAGACUCCCACAUUUGCUGGUGGGCUCUUCUCCAUCUCAAAAGAUUAUUUCUACCAUAUUGGAAGCUAUGACGAAGAAAUGGAGAUCUGGGGUGGUGAGAACAUCGAAAUGUCAUUUAGGGUGUGGCAGUGCGGCGGACAGCUGGAGAUCAUCCCUUGCUCCAUUGUUGGUCAUGUUUUCCGCACCAAGAGCCCCCACACCUUUCCCAAGGGUACACAAGUGAUCGCUCGUAACCAGGUGCGCCUAGCGGAGGUCUGGAUGGACGACUACAAAGAGAUCUUUUACCGUCGUAACCUGCAAGCCGCACAGUUGGCAAAAGAUAGGGCCUUUGGAGAUAUCUCCAAACGCGUGGACCUCCGUGCGCGGCUGCAGUGCAAGAGCUUCUCGUGGUAUUUGAAGAACGUUUAUCCAGAAGUCUUCAUGCCUGAUCUCAACCCACUCCGCUUUGGCUCAGUGAAAAAUGUCGGCAAAGACUCCUGUCUGGAUGCUGGAGAGAACAACGAGGGUGGGAAACAGCUGAUCAUGUACCCAUGUCAUGGACUAGGAGGAAACCAGUAUUUCGAGUACUCCACACGUCAUGAGAUUAGACACAACAUUCAGAAGGAGCUAUGUUUGCACGGUGCAGAGGGGCCUGUGAAGCUGGAGGACUGCCAGUAUAAAGGCAGGAACACAUUUGUAGGAGCGGAGCAGAAAUGGGAACUGAAGGACAACCAGUUAUUCUACAUCCCUGGACGGAACCUGUGUCUGAGCGCCCGGCACGACCAUCCUACUCUGGCCCCCUGCAACCCCUCUGACAGAUACCAGCUCUGGUCCUUCGUCUGAGUUGUGCAAACUACCGCGUUACAAAAUAGCCAUUCUGUAUGCAUAGGCAUACUAGGAAAUGAGUAUACUAUACUGUAUGCAGUUAACAUGCAGUUUGUUUUGUUUCAGAUUAAUGACAUUGAGUUUUAAUUUAUUUUUAUACGUAGAAGAACUGAACUGCUGCUGCUGGGAAGUUGGACUUUGGGAGAAACCACAGAGUGCCACUGCUGGAAGGAAGCAUUGACACAAUGCUCCCAAUCAGACUGUGAACUGAGAUUUUUGGAAUAAUGAAGAUGCACUGUGUUUCCAAGUGCCUCCUUUGUGUUUGAGGUGUUUUCACUACUCCAAGUCUUCACAACCAACACAUGCAGUAUUAGGUACAUAAAGCAAACACUGAACAUUUUUCUAGUGAGGCGUGAAUCUAAAACAAAAUCAUACAAAAAAAAAAGACAGUCGAUCAUUAUAAACAAGAGGUUUAAGUUGGACACACAAAAAUCUCAAAUGUUUAUGCACCAAAGAGACUGAAAGUGAAAAUCUGAAACACACAAGUAUGAUGUGCAUUUUUCCUUUUUAAUAAUGCAAAACCUCUUAUUUUGCUACCGUCCAGUGCCUUAGAUGUAAUUUUCUACUGGGUGGGUGGAGUGGUGGAGGGAUGGGGUGGUGGGGUCGUUGCAGUGUUCUGAUGCAGAAUAAUGGAUUUUACAUAGUUGUGAUCGAAAGGGUCUUCAGAUCAAGUGGAUAUGCUUUAAUUAAAUUAUUUAAUAGGGUCAUUAUCUUUUUUGUCUUUAAACCUCAAAAGUAUUUUAUUUCUAUACCCUUGGCUGCCAGUUUAUUAGGUGCGCCGAGCUAAAGCUAAUGCAGUCUAAUCCAACAGUCCUGCAGUAAAUCCUACCUUCAUGAAGGUUAUAAUGUUCAUUUUUUGUUUGGACCCAUUUUAGAGAGGUGUUGAUUCAACUUUAUGGGCAUUUUUGAGGCUGUAGUUUGUGAAGAUGUUAAAGAGGUGUUUCUAAAAAUUAUGUCCAACCCAUUUAUAUCAAUGAGAGUAGAGUAAAUAAUAGAAACACCUCAACUGCAACAAAAUACAACACAACACAACAGCAGAAACUGGAUAUUAUAAUCUUGAUGAAGGGGUACUGUUGUAUUAAACCAUAUUAGUUUUAGUUAGAUGUACCUAAUAUACAGGCAACUGAGUGUAGAGACAUGAACAAUAAUUUGAAUACCAGUUUGGACCUGCUGGUGAGCUGGCCCUUAAACAUGAAUUACAUACAAUUAGUUUGUUCAUGACAAAAGUGAAAUUGACAUUAUUGAUUAAAAGGCAUUUUAUUUGACCUACAGUCAAUGUUUAAUUGACAACAUGCAUGCAGUCAAAUGUCAUGACUGACUUUUAAUAUCGUUCUCUUCUUUUUAAUUGCGGCUGUGUUUACCUGUGGGAUAUUAUUUCACUUGUCAUGCUUUGGUGUUUAUCAAAGGGGAACUUUUAAUAUAACAGGAAUGCACCGAAGUAACUAUUUGUUGAUCAAAUGCCUGAAACUCUCCCUCUACAUCUAACCAGGAGUCCACUAAUGAAUUUCUGGUGCGGGCACUAGUGUUUAGAUGGCUGUGGAAUACUGUAAAUUACUUUACGUUUGAGACUGGAUGAGGAAAAAUUCAAAUGUGUAUGUUUGUCUAAAAUGGAAACUGUCUAUUGCUGUCAGAAAUCCUUGGUAUUAAGAGGUGUUAUUUUUAGGUAAAAUAAAUUCAGUUGGAUGGUA